UCCACCGUGAAUAUCAUCUACACGCUUAAACUUUACAACCAUGGCGGCCAUCUUUGCGCCCGUGGCGUAGUACCUCUCAAGCAAGUACGCGUGCGCCCGCGUGCGCUCACUCAAAUUUCGCUGCGGUCCGGCCCGCCCGUCGUAGGCGCCCGCGGGCGCACGCGUUGCGAUACGCAGGGCAGGCUUUGCUUGCAGAACGCUCCGACGCCAUUUUACUCAUGACGUAAAACUUGAAUGACGACAGAUGGGUACAAUGACGGACAAAGGAAACAGAAAGUUCUCGAAAGAUCGGUGGAUGUGCAGCAAGAGAGAGAGAAAGAUGGAGAGAUCUGCGCCAGCAACUUGUCAGGAUUUGAUCCGUGGGCAAGAAACUGGUCUGAAUCCAGUUUGUUCACAUUGUUGCACAGUGGUCUGGUAACAACAGUGAACAAAUUGUGAAGCAUUUGCAGGAAGCCUUUUAGCUCAAGACCUGGAGAAGAAGAUGAGGACAGACACCCACACUGGAUGAUCAGUGUAUUGGUGAAUGGAGAGAGAAAUUUAUUUACAGAUAACAACAACUGCGGGAUUUCGUAUGGCUUAUCUCCUUCAAAGAUAGUUUAAAGUUUACAUUCCUUGGAAACAUCUUUACGGACAACAUUUCAUCACAAGCACGGCCUGCGACGGGUUUGAACAAAAUUGUGUACCUAACAACAACGAUGGCGAACCUUCGGCAGUUCACCAGAACUCAGAGACUAAAGAUGUGUUUGGUUCUUCUGGUACUCCUGACUGUGUUGUACAUGGUGACUCUAAUCAUCCUGACAUUUGGUUCAAUGCCCAUGAUAAUCGCGCCACAACACAGCCACAGUUUUUCAACCUCGCAUUACUUACGUCACUUCCGCUCGAUAUUUAUACUUGAUGUUGCAAAUCAUGACCUGGCGCUUGAUAAUCAAGGGAAGCCCCUUAGUAUAUCCUCCUCUGACGUAAGGACUGACAGUAGAGCCUCUGCUGUUAACAAUAAGUUGAUUGUAUGGUACAACAUGCCUUACUGGAUUAGGAAAAGGUCGUAUGCUGAGGUGUUUGGCCACUGUCCAGUCAGCACAUGCAACUUGUCCACAAACUAUAGUGCGGAUAGUGCAGCUGGCGACGCUGUGGUGUUUCACGGCGCUCCAUUAGAGAUACCAGUGCCACCUCGAGCUUUUCCUGACCAGGUGUACGUCUUCUUCAUGUUAGAACCGCCGACGAAACUUGGGUUUGGAGAGCAAAAAACAUCACCAUGGAACUCAGCUUUUAACUGGACAUGGGGCUACAGGCAUGACGCAGAUAUAAGAACGACAUACUUUUAUCUGGAACAUUCCAAGCAGUUGCCAAGUAUUAGUUUCCUCAAAGAUUUAGUUCGAAAGAAGGAAAAGCCUGCGGCAUGGUUUGUUUCUAACUGCUACGAACAAGCCCAACGACUGCGUUACGUUGAGAGACUGAAGGAAGUUCUCCCUGUGGACGUAUAUGGAGACUGUGGGACUCUGCACUGCACAACCUGGGCCACAGAAUGCGACACCAUGCUUACCAAGUACUUUUUCUAUCUUUCCUUCGAGAACUCUUUUUGCCAGGAUUACGUGACAGAGAAGUUUUCUCGAGCCUUCUUGAAGGAUGUGUACGUGGUUCCUGUUGCGCGAGGUGGGCUGAACUACUCUCACCACUUUCCUCAAGGAAUUUUUAUCAACGCCGAUGACUUUAGCAGCCCAGAAGAACUGGGGAUGUAUCUGAAAAAGCUGAUGAACGACGAAGACGCCUACAUUGACAUGUUGUGGCGAAUCGCUCACUUUGUCGACUUGGACUCUUACAAAAACCCAUACUACUACUCGUGGUGCCAGCUGUGUGACAAGCUACACAGGCUGCAGGACAAUGCCAAGACGUAUCCAGACGUCUUUGGAUGGUACCACGAUGGGACAUGCCGACCGCCAAGGGAAUUCUAGAGCUUGGUACAGUUGGUGGCAUACACGGAUGAUCUUGCCAUUUUGGAAGAACUUUUUUCUUUUUUUCGUUCAGACGGCUGCUCUGAGUCAACAGGCAGCUGGAACACUCGACCUUUUCAUUGUCAAGUGACGUCCCGAUCACAGUAAACAUGUGAUGCACCUAUUGUCGACAAAUGUGGAAUAAAACAAAGUAAACAAUAUGAUUGUGAAUGUCAAGUGCAAGAUUAGACGGUUGUACAUUUC